AUGGAGAAAGUUUCAUCGCCGUCUUCUUCACGGAGGUCUGCUUAUCUGGAAGCUCUUACACAAGAGAUUAAGAAGAAGCUUACACGGAUUGUAAAUUUGAUAUUGAGAGUGUUGAUUUUUUGGUCCCAGGCUGUUGUUUCUCCUGCACAAACACGCAACUUGUUGCAGGACUUAUUUGCUGAUAUAGCUCUCGAAGUCGACGAACGGGCCAAAGAUGUGAUCCUUAGCAAAGAAGAGGAUGUGAUUUCUGGUGAAGUAGAUGGUGAUGGUCCAUUAUGUUUUUUUGACGUCCUUGCUGAUUAUUAUGUGAACGUGUCUGAGAGAGGCAAGGAUAUACUUGAUUUGAUGGUGCAGCUGUGGAGCCAAUCGUUCGCUUCACACAUAUUCUCUCUUCUCUUCCAUAAAUGGCUGUUUGAGGUUCAGCUUGACAAUCAAGAAAUACUCCUGCGGUAUUCUUCUGCGCUGGUGCAGGGAGCAACUAAUGUAUUCUGGAUAGACAUCCAGACAAAUACAAGACGGUUUCAAACUCUCUUUCGGUAUCUACUUGAGGAAGUUGCUUUGGAGCCAAUUCGACUGAAAAAGAUUCCCAUUCAGGCUCAGAGGGAACUGUAUCUCUUGCUCUCAAGGUUCAUUUUCUUUUACAAUUCAGUUGAUAAACUCGACAGCUUCUUGAGGAAUUUCCCGGAGUUUCCAAAUGCUUUCUUGGUUGGAGGACCCGGAGAUUUCCUUGUUAUCGAACUUACCGAUCAGCUGCAAAAACUGAAAGUGGAACCAGUGCUGCUACACUAUCUUUCUCAGAUGAAGAUUCUUCAAGGUAUGGAACUGAGAAUGACCACUAGCACGAGGUUAAAGGCGUGUUUGUACAGUUUUACCUCUCCUGGAGGUCCGAUGUACCCAACAAGAGCUGUCCGUCAUGCAGCCUGGGAUGCUUUGGAUUCCCUCUUUCCGGUCGGGCGUUACCCGAGGCAUCUCAUUAGUCUAUUUUUCAGGCUGCUAUAUCCAUGGUACUGGCCAUCCUCGUGCUGGAACUUUGUGGUUUCUUGCAUUAAAGCGGUUCUCUAUUCUAUCGUAAGGCUCAUCUUUUCACGGCGAGAAAAGCCAAGGCAGAGCUGA